AUGGCACAAGGCCACGUCAUCCCCAUGAUUGACCUUGCUAAGCUUCUUGCCCACCGUGGUGUCAUUAUCACCAUCGUCGUCACCCCCACUAACGCUGCCCGCAACCACUCUGUUCUUGAUCGCGCCAUUCGUUCCGGCUUACAGAUCCGUAUGAUCCAACUUCCGUUCCCAUCGAAAGAAGGUGGUCUCCCAGAAGGGUGCGAUAAUUUGGACUUGCUACCUUCCUUUAAGUUUGCUUCAAAAUUCUUCAGAGCCACAUCUUUUCUUUACCAACCUUCUGAAGAUCUCUUCCAUCAACUCAAACCUCGCCCAAUCUGCAUAAUCUCCGAUACGUAUCUUCCUUGGACCUUCCAACUUUCUCAGAAGUUUCAAGUCCCCAGGCUCGUUUACAGCACUUUCAGCUGCUUCUGCUUCCUCUGUAUUCACUGUUUAAUGACCAACCCUGCUCUUUCCAUCUCUGAUUCUGACUCUGUAAUUUUCUCCGACUUCACUGAUCCCGUGGAGUUUCGCAAAUCGGAGUUACCUAAAUCCACGGAUGAAGACAUACUAAAAUUUACAUCUGAAAUUAUCCAAACCGAUGCACAAUCCUACGGCGUCAUUUUCAACACAUUUGUGGAAAUGGAGUACAAUUAUAUAACAGAUUAUAGAAAAACAAGACAAAAAUCGCCGGAAAAAGUGUGGUGUGUCGGCCCUGUUUCCCUUUACAACGAUGAUAAACUCGAUUUACUCGAAAGAGGGGGCAAAACCUCAAUCAAUCAACAGGAAUGCAUCAACUGGCUUGAUGAGCAGCAACCAUCUUCGGUUAUCUACGUUUCUUUGGGCAGUCUAUGUAACUUGGUGACAGCCCAACUCAUAGAGUUAGGACUGGGAUUGGAAGCAUCGAACAAGCCAUUCAUUUGGUCAAUAAGAGAAGCAAAUCUCACAGAAGAACUAAUGAAAUGGCUGGAGGAAUAUGAUUUGGAAGGGAAAACCAAAGGCAAAGGAUUAGUGAUUUGUGGAUGGGCUCCGCAAGUUUUAAUACUAACGCACUCUGCAAUUGGGUGUUUCUUGACGCACUGCGGUUGGAAUUCGAGCAUUGAAGGAAUAUCGGCGGGGGUUCCGAUGAUCACUUGGCCGUUGUUUGGGGAUCAAAUAUUCAAUUAUAAGUUAAUUGUAGAUGUUCUGAAAGUGGGUGUGAGUGUGGGGGUGGAAACGCUUGUAAAUUGGGGAGAAGAAGAUGAGAAAGGGGUGUAUGUGAAGAGAGAGAUGGUGAGAGAAGCCAUAGAAAUGGUGUUGGAAGGAGAGAAGAGAGAAGAGAUGAGAGAGAGAAGCAAGAAACUUGCAGAAAUAGCGAAGAGAGGUAUGGAAGAAGGAGGAUCGUCUUACAAAGAUAUAACGAUGGUGAUAGAAGAUAUUAUUGGUAAUGGAGGAUGUUGA